AUGGAUAAUACAUGUAUUAAAGCGAUUAUAGCCUUAACAAUAGGUUAUUUAGGAUUGGUAGGCAUGAUUUUGGGAUACAAAGUCAAAUUUGAUAAAAAGGGUGCUCAAUUAGAAAAAAACGAUCAAAAAGGAGAAAAGGACCAUCAAGAAAAUAAGAAAGAAAUAAGUGAAUUAAAAAAAGACAAAAGCGAAUUAAAAGACCUGGUUAUUAAAUUACAAGAAAGAAUAAUUAACUUUGAAAAGGAAGGAGUUUACUCCGAGCUUUCCCAAAAGAGUAAACCAGUUAAUUCCGGUGUGCCAACUCCUCCUCCACCUCCCAAAAAAUCCGAACCUAAAAAAUCUAAUCAAAAAGGGGAAAUUCUAAUCAGUAAAAUUGAUGAAAUUAGAAAAUCAACUUUCAAAUUAUUAGAUAUCAAAGAAUUAAUAAAAGAAGGUGGUUCAUUAGAUAAAGAUCUUGAUAUCGCCAUUUUAGAAGAACCAACCCAAGAAAGUGCCGAACAUAAUAAUAAGUAUUUGGAAGAGCAAGCGGUUAAUUACAUUCAUAAUGUAGUUAUCCCUGACUUGGCUAAAAAAGAGGCUGAAAAGGGCGAUAUGGUCGCUGAAGGGUAUGAAAAGGCUUCUGAGAAAGAAAAAGAGCAAUUUAAAGAUAAAAUCCAAGAGAAAUUCCCCAAUAGCAGAGGACUAACUCCUAAACGGAGAUUAAUGAAAAAUGAAGCAGCCCAGGCUAGACAUAAACUAAACCAUGAAGCUAUUCAAGCCAAAUUGCAAUUAGAAAGAGACCUAAUUCUUAAAGAAGUCCAAUAUGAAGAAGAUCUAAACAAAAUGGAAACUGGAAUUACUCAGACUAAUUUAGAUAAUGCAAAUAAUAAAUUUGACUUCUUAAAUUCUUUCAAGCAAAAAGGCGAAGAACUAUUAAAAGAUAAAGUGAAUGAAGUAAAAGAAAAGUUAAAUUUGUCCAAAGAAAAAGAUAAAAAAAAGCCGGUAAUUGUUAAUGGUAAGGAAUUGUAUGGUGCUUUUACUUACACUAAAUUUUUUUGUCCGAUUAGUCAAAAAAAAGUUCGCGAUAAAAUGCUUGCAGAAACUGAAGAAAAAUUUUUAAUUGUAGAUUGUAUGAAUGGAGAUUUUUCUUACAAGGAUGAAAAACAAUCUAAACCAGAAAAAUUAACUUCUCCUAAAACUCCUAAAUUCCCUUUACACUCUCCGACUACUCCUAAUACUCCGGAGAAAGUGAACUCUUUAAAUUUCUCACCUUUACCCAAGGAAGAAGAUUUCGGAAAUGUCCUAGAUGAACUAAUUAAUAAAAAUAAAGGCUAUUCUAAAAAAAUUUUAAAUAAACUUUUAGAGGAAAAAGAAAGAGAAAUUGAACAUAGUCAAAACCAAGAAAUUGACCGACUAAAAAGCGAAGUUAAAGAAUGCGGUGAUGAUUACUAUCAAUUAGGUUUAGAAAAGGAUAAAUUGAAACAACUUUUACAGCAAGAAAGAUCCGAAAAACAGGAAUUGACCCAAAGAUUAGAAUCAGAAGUAAAUGAAAACUGUCGUUUAAAAGAAAAUCAAGAAAAGAUUAAUGCUAGUUUGCUGACUAAACAAGCAGAGGAGUAUGAGCAAGAAAAUCAAGAACGAGAGCGAAGGCAUUCUGAGCAAAUGGAUAACUUGCGCAAAUUUCAAAGUCAAGAAGUAGUUAAACCUAUUCCUAAAAGUCUAUCACUUAAACAACAACAUACUAAGUCUUACAGUUAUAGUUCUCCUAGUUCAGUUCGAAGUUCUUAUGUUAUCGAAGGUGAUUUGAUGAUUUUUACUUCCCCUCCCCUCCAAGCCGAUUUCAGUAGCGAACUAAAUCGCCAAGGUUAUCAGGAAAGGAGCGGGAUAAUCAGUCCUGAAUUCACUACCGAACCAAAAAGUGAGGAAAAGAAAAGGCGCUCUGAUUCUCCUUUUUUUGUUAGUUCUCCUACUCAGGAAGAAGAAAUCCGUAUUGAAAAUGCCUUAGCUGAUUUAGAAAGCGAAGUUAGUUAUCAGACUGAAAAUGCUCAAGGAAUGUUAGAAGAGAAUGAACGAUUAAAAGAGCAAUUGGCUCAGUCCGAAGCCGCUUAUCAAGUUUUAUCUGAUAAUCAAAUCGCUAUUAAACAAGAAACUCAAACUGCCUUAACGGUCAAUGAAGAGUUAAUUAACCAAAUUAAUCAGCAAAGAUUAGAAGGGGAGGUUCAGCAAAAAUAUUUACAACAAGAAAUUGAUGAACUAAAAUAUCGGUUAGCGGAAAGUCAGAAAAAAGUUUCAGACAUUGAGAAAUCAGAAAAAAAAUUCCGUUAUCAGUUGAAAGAAAAACAGCAAGAAGUUGAAGGGUUAAGCCAAGAUUUAGUAAAGAUUAGUCAAAGAGUUGAUGAAGAUGAAAUUAGAGAAAACAAUUUAGAGCAAGCAACCAAUAAGUUAGAGCAAUCUACCCAACGAGAAGAAAAAAUCGAAAAUUUAAACAAUAAAAUAAAUGCUCAAGAACAAUUCAUUAGCGAAAUGGAAACUGAAUUAGAAAGAGCGAUUGAAUUACUGGAAGAAUUAAGAAAGGAAAGAGAUUUAUUAAAAGAGAAAAAAGAAAAAUCUGAUGAAGAAGGAGUUAAAAUCGAUAAUAGUUUAACUAAAGCAGAAGAUUCAAUUGGUGGCAAGGAAAAAGAAUUAGAAGACUGGCAGUCCAAAUUAGAGGCCUGCCAGAAGGAGAGAAAUCAAAUUAGAAAGGAAAUCCAGGAAAAGGUGUCUGAAUUAGAAGUCUCCCAACUCUCUAAUUCGGAGAAGCAAGAAAAGAUAAAUAAACUCUUGACCGAACAUAGUAAUGAGUUGGAAGAAAUAGAUAAACUUCUUUAUGAUGAAAGAGCUCAGUAUCGGAAUAUCCGAGAUAAAGUUAUUAAUGAACUCUGUAGACCUUGUCGGGCUUAUUAUUAUUCACCUUUAAAACCUUAUUGUGUUAAUUGUGAAAAUAAAGGAAUAAGUGGUGAAGAAUAUAGAUUUUGCUCUACUGAAAAAAACCCUUUUCCUAUUUUUGAAGAAGAUGUUUGA